AUGACACAUUUUCGUUAUCUGCUAAUUGUUCUCAUUGCUGGCACUAACGCUCUUCAAGAACAGACAUACUCUGUAGCAAUAGCAUAUAUUAAUCAUUUAUAUCGAAGUCGUUUAGGUAUAUCAUUCUUCGAGAUUACUGUUAUUGAUAGGAGAUUUAUUGAAAAGACUGCAACUAUUGUGCUUCUUCUCACCGCUAUAUAUUAUUUCAAUAAUUAUGAUAAACAUCCAAUUCAGAGUUGUAGUAAGACAAUCUCUGCGGUACAAGAUGCAAAUUAA